UCCCACAGUCGGAGCCCGAGCCGCGCCGCGGAGGUCCGACCCGCGCGCGGCGGCCGGAGAUGCAGCGGGGCGCGGCGCUGUGCCUGCGCCUGUGGCUCUGCCUCGGACUGCUCGACGGCGAGCGAGGCCUGGCGAGUGGCUACUCCAUGACCCCCCCGGCCCUAAACAUCACGGAGGAAACGUACGUCAUUGACUCCAGUGACAGCCUGUCCAUCUCCUGCAGGGGGCAGCACCCUCUCGAGUGGGCCUGGCCAGGGGCUCAGGACGCACCAGCCACAGAGGAUAAGGACAGCGAGGACACGGGGGUCGUGCGAGACUGCGAGGGCACGGACGCCAGGCCCUACUGCAAAGUGCUGCUGCUGCGUGAGGCCCGUGCCAACAACACAGGCUGCUACCGCUGCUACUACAAGUACAUCAAGGCCCGCAUCGAGGGCACCACUGCGGCCAGCACCUACGUGUUCGUGAGAGACUUGGAGCAGCCGUUCAUCAACAAGCCAGACACGCUCCUGGUCAACAGGAAGGACUCCAUGUGGGUCCCCUGCCUGGUGUCCAUCCCCGGCCUCAACGUCACACUGCGCUCGCAAAGCUCAGCUCUGCGGCCUGAUGGGCAGGAUGUGGUGUGGGAUGACCGCCGGGGCAUGAGGGUCCCGACGCCACUGCUGCGUGACGCCCUGUACCUGCAGUGUGAGACCACCUGGGGCGGCCAGGCCUUCCUUUCCAAUCCCUUCCUCGUGCACAUCACAGGCAACGAGCUCUAUGACAUCCAGCUGUUCCCCAAGAAGUCGCUGGAGCUACUGGUUGGGGAGAAGCUGGUCCUGAACUGCACCGUGUGGGCCGAGUUCAACUCCGGCGUUACCUUCGACUGGGACUAUCCAGGAAAGCAGGCAGAGCGGGGUAAGUGGGUGCCAGAGCGGCGCUCCCAGCAGACUCACACAGAGCUCUCCAGCAUCCUGACCAUCCACAACGUCAGCCAGCACGACCUGGGCCCGUACGUGUGUGAGGCCAACAACGGCAUCCAGCGAUUCCGGGAGAGCACCGAGGUCAUUGUGCACGAAAAGCCCUUCAUCAGCGUCGAGUGGCUCAAGGGUCCUGUCCUGGAGGCCACAGCAGGAGACGAGCUGGUGAAGCUGCCCGUGAAGCUGGCAGCGUACCCCCCGCCGGAAUUCCAGUGGUACAAGGACAGAAAGGCAGUGUCCGGGCGCCACAGUCCCCAUGCGCUGGUGCUCAAGGAGGUAACGGAGGCCAGUGCAGGCAUCUACACCCUCGCCCUGUGGAACUCCGCGGCUGGCCUGAGGCGCAACAUCAGCCUGGAGCUGGUGGUGAACGUGCCUCCCCACAUCCACGAGAAGGAGACCUCCUCCCCCAGCAUCUACUCCCGCCACAGUCGCCAGGCCCUCACUUGUACUGCCUACGGGGUGCCCCCCCCACUCAGCAUCCAGUGGCACUGGCGGCCGUGGACACCCUGCAAGACCUUCGCCCAGCGCAGCCUCAGCCGGCGGCAGCAGCGAGACCGCAUGCCACAGUGCCGAGACUGGAGGGAGGUGACCACACAGGACGCUGUGAACCCCAUAGAAAGCCUGGACACCUGGACCGAGUUUGUGGAGGGGAAGAAUAAGACGGUGAGCAAGCUGGUUAUCCAAGAUGCCAACGUGUCUGCCAUGUACAAAUGUGUGGUCUUCAACAAAGUGGGCCAGGAUGAGCGGCUCAUCUACUUCUAUGUGACCACCAUCCCAGACGGCUUCACCAUCGCAUCAGAGCCUUCGGAGGAUCCCCUGGAGGGCCAGGCAGUGCGCCUGAGCUGCCAGGCGGACAACUACACCUACGAGCAUCUGCGCUGGUAUCGCCUCAACCUGUCCACGCUGCACGAUGCGCACGGGAACCCGCUGCUACUCGACUGCAAGAAUGUGCAUCUGUUCGCCACGCCGCUGGCCGCCAGCCUGGAGGAGGCGGCGCCCGGGACGCGCCACGCCACGCUCAGCCUGACCAUCCCCCGCGUGGCGCCUGAGCACGAAGGAGACUACGUGUGCGAGGUGCAGGACCGGCGCAGCCAAGACAAGCACUGUCAUAAGAAGUACCUCUCAGUGCAGGCCCUGGAAGCCCCGCGGCUCACGCAGAACUUGACAGACCUCCUGGUGAAUGUGAGCGACUCCCUGGAGAUGCGGUGCCCAGUGGCAGGGGCGCACGUGCCAAGCAUCGUGUGGUACAAAGAUGAGAGGCUGCUGGAGGAAGAGUCUGGAAUCGACCUGGCCGACUCAAACCAGAAGCUGAGCAUCCAGCGCGUGCGCGAGGAGGACGCAGGCCGCUAUCUGUGCAGCGUGUGCAAUGCCAAGGGCUGCGUCAACUCCUCCGCCAGUGUGGCCGUAGAAGGCUCCGAGGAUAAAGGCAACAUGGAGAUCGUGAUCCUUGUCGGCACCGGGGUCAUCGCAGUCUUCUUCUGGGUCCUCCUCCUCCUCAUCUUCUGUAACAUGAGGAGGCCAGCUCACGCAGACAUCAAGACGGGCUACCUGUCCAUCAUCAUGGACCCUGGGGAGGUGCCUCUGGAGGAGCAGUGUGAAUACCUGUCCUAUGAUGCCAGCCAGUGGGAGUUCCCCCGGGAGCGGCUGCACCUUGGGAGAGUCCUUGGCCACGGGGCCUUUGGGAAGGUGGUGGAAGCCUCUGCUUUCGGAAUCAACAAGGGCAGCGGCUGUGACACCGUGGCGGUGAAGAUGCUGAAAGAGGGCGCCACCGCCAGUGAGCACCGCGCCCUGAUGUCGGAGCUCAAGAUCCUAAUCCACAUCGGUAACCACCUCAACGUGGUCAACCUGCUGGGGGCGUGCACCAAGCCCAACGGCCCCCUCAUGGUGAUCGUGGAGUUCUGCAAGUAUGGCAACCUUUCCAACUUCUUGCGCGCCAAGCGGGAGGCCUUCAGCCCCUAUGCGGAGAAAUCCCCUGAGCAGCGAAGGCGCUUCCAGGCCAUGGUGGAGGGUGCGAGGGCUGACCGGAGGAGACCGGGGAGCAGCGACAGGGCCCUUUUCACGCGACUCUUGAUGGGCAAGGGUGGGGCAGGGCGGACCCCUUUGGUUCAAGAAGCAGAGGACCUGUGGCUGAGCCCACUGACCAUGGAAGACCUUGUCUGCUACAGCUUCCAGGUGGCCCGAGGGAUGGAGUUCCUGGCCUCCCGCAAGUGCAUCCACAGAGACCUGGCUGCCCGGAACAUCUUGCUGUCAGAGAGUGACGUGGUGAAGAUUUGUGACUUUGGCCUAGCCCGGGACAUCUACAAAGACCCUGACUACGUGCGCAAGGGCAGUGCCCGGCUGCCCCUGAAGUGGAUGGCCCCGGAGAGCAUCUUUGACAAGGUGUACACCACGCAGAGCGACGUGUGGUCCUUUGGGGUACUGCUCUGGGAGAUCUUUUCCCUGGGGGCCUCCCCAUACCCUGGAGUGCAGAUCAAUGAGGAGUUCUGCCAGCGGCUGAAAGAGGGCACACGGAUGAGGGCCCCAGACCUGGCCACUCCUGCCAUACGUCGCAUAAUGCUGAGCUGCUGGUCCGGGGACCCCAAAGAGAGGCCUGCAUUCUCAGAGCUGGUGGAGAUCCUGGGAGACCUGCUCCAGGGUGGGGGCCAGCAGGAGGAGGUCUGCAUAGCCCCCUGUGGCUCUCAGAGCUCGGAAGAGGGCAGCUUCUUGCAGGCGUCCACCACAGCCCUGCACGUCACCGAGGCCGACGCCGAUGCAGAGGACAGCCCACUGAGCCUACCCCGGCACAGCCUGGCCGCCAGAUAUUACAACUGUGUGUCCUUUCCGGGAUGCCUGGCCAGAGGGACUCAGACCCAGGGUCCCUCCAGGAUGAAAACGUUUGAAGAAUUUCCCAUGACCUCGACUACCUACAAGGCCUCAGUGGAUAACCAGACGGACAGUGGGAUGGUGCUGGCCUCUGAGGAGUUGGAGCAGCUGGAGAGCAGGCACCGACAAGAAGGCCAGCUCAGCAGCUGUAAAGGACCUGGCCGGAAUGUGGACACGACCAGGGCGCACCCUGACCCCCAAGGGAGGCAGCAGCCGGACCUGGGGGCACAGGGAGGCCAGGUGUUCUACAACAGCGAGUAUGGGGAGCUGGCGGGGCCUCGAGAGGAGGGCGACUGUGCCCCGGCCGCCCACACACCCUUCUUCACAGACAACAGCUACUGAGAUGGCCCAGGCACGGCCCCGGCAACCCGCUCCCACAGUUGGUGGGGCCAUGCCUGGUGGGGCAAGCAGAGGGCUGAGAAUUCAUCUCCUUUGGUUCAGGCCAGGAGGCGUUUCCUCCUCUCUAGCUAGGGAAGAGCUGAGCCCGGGCUCCAGGGCUCCCUGGACUCCAGCACCACGCCUGCCCAGGCCUUCUCCCCAUCCAGACUCAGAUUCCAUUUAGCGCAGCGUCCACAGGGGCAGCCCCAGGCUGGGCACUCCCACGGGGAACGCCUCUCUGAUGGUGGGUGGUGGCAUGACCCCGAUUUCUACUGAGGAAUAUGAGGGUCUGAGCGUCACACAGUGAUGGAAGUGGAGCCAGACUGGAGCUGUGGUCUCCCAGCCCUCGCCCCAAGUGCUGUCCCUCCACACAGCCUUCCCUCUCCCUGGGGAAUGGCUUUCUUCACUUGCCUCUCAAAGGCUUAAGGCAGGGGCCAUAUUGCCAUCACAAAGCAACAAAUGAGGGAUUUGGGGAGGGGUCCUCUCUUGAGCCUGGCCAACCGGCCGCCUUCUUCUGAGGGUUAAGGAGAUCCAUUCAAUAGAUUUUUUCCAUUAGAACUUAACAGACUGAGCUGUGUGAAGAAGUUACAUUUCAAAACCUCAGUCCGAAGGGAGCCCAGCGAAGGUCUUUCUGAAUCUAGACAAGUCUUGCCUCUGACCCCAAGUCAGGUGCCGUCAUAGCAGACACAGUCAUCGUCACCUCUUUCUGGAGAAGGCCCCCAGCCCCACUUCCUGGCCCAGAAUCGGAAGAACCAGCUGAUGGUCCAGAGCUGCCCUUUUUGAGAAACGCCUAGUUCUUCCGUCCGGGGCCUCGAUCUGCCACCCGAGGCACCUCCCAAGCCUUGAACGUCCUUCUCAGAGGUGGACACCGUGGUUCCAGCAAGGAAGGCUUUGGGGCUGGCCCCGAAGACCAAUCCAGCAUUGCUCUGUGCCACGAGGCAAUAAGCGGACAUUCUUGUGGCCCUGGGGGGACCCUGUCUUCUGCCCCCUGGUCUCUGCCUGACACGGGUGCCCUGGCAGGUCAAGCCUCUGCCCUCACCGGGGAGCAGCCAAGGACCAUCCGGAGGCUGGCACCGUUCGGCCCAGGCCUCCCAUCCCAGCUCACUGCCCAGGCACCCCACCCCUGGCAGGAGAAAGACCCUCCUCCCAGUUAGCACCACGGAGAUUGACAGCCCCUCCACACCCUACAAGACGCUUGCAGGACAGGCAGCUGUGCAGCCAGCAGACCUCCCCCCCACCAUUGUGUAUUGAUCCUUUAGGAUGUGUUGAACGCUCGUGAGACUGUAGUCCUCGCUGUCCCUAGUGGACUUUCUCCUCUGAUGUCACCUGUCUGUGAGACUUGGGCCUCAGGUUUGCCUGGCGGAAGUCCAGAGGCUCUUCUCAAUCUGAGGAGCAGUGCUCGUGACGCAGGAGCAGGGCCCUGUCCUCCAAGCCCCUUCCCACGUGCGUACCACCUGUUUGUGUCCUCUCCCCUCCCGUCACAUAACUGCACACACAGAAAUGUACUGGGAAGAAAACCUGCCAUGCCUUGUAGACCAUGUGCUCCUAAAAGAUCUAAGAUAUUUAACAAGAGAUAAUAAUAAACUUGACGCCAGUCUUUGAGUUACUAUGAAUGGCUUCUCAGCUAAGUCCCA